UUUUAUCAUGGUAUUAGAGCCAAAUUCCUGAAAAUAAUAUAUUUCCAAACACUCCUUUUCUCCAAAUUUUCUAUCCUCUUAUCAAACAAUGGCGGUCGAUGAUGAGACCAAAGGUGAUAGUCAAAAGUCCGGAGAUAAGCCCGGAGAUGUGUUCGUCACCUCAAUUCUUCGUGACGGUAACUACGGUGAUUGGCUCGAUGAGAUGAGCAACGCCCUUUAUGCAAAACAUAAGUUUGGCUUCGUGAAUGGUGAUAUUCCGAUGCCAAAAUCUGAUUCACCAUAUCUCCCGCAUUGGCAACGAGCAAAUGCAAUGGUGAAAGCUUGGUUAAACAGUAGCAUGGACGUUGAACUUAGGCAAAGUGUGAAGUUCAAAACAGCCCGUGAGAUAUGUGUAGACUUGAAAGAGCGAUAUGAGAAAGAGAGUGCACCUCGAGCUUAUGAACUCCGAUGUAUUCUUGGUUCUAUCCGGCAAGAAGAUCAGUCAAUAUCGGCCUACUUUAGCCGGCUACGUAGUGUUUGGGAUGAGAUGGUCUCCAUCAACUCUCAACCAAAAUGCUCUUGUGAAGGUUGCACUUGCAACAUCUCUAAGCAAAUGACGGACUCUCGCGAUAGAGAUCGGCUUUACGAUUUUUUGAUGAGGCUAGAUGAUGCUUACGGGCAACUAAAAAGUCAAAUACUCGCCACUAGACCGGUUCCCACCCUCACUACUGCAUACCACCUCUUCUCAGAAAAUGAACAUCACCGGUCCAUUGCAUCCUCCCGUAAGCCGGGCACUGACGGCGUGGCUUUCUUCACACGACCGAAGAAGGAAAUUAUCCCAAACCGAUGUACAAACCCAAAAGAGGCCAGAACAUGCUCCUAUUGUGGAAAGAUAAAUCAUACGUAUGAAACAUGUUUCAUGCGGCUGGGAUAUCCAUCCAAUUGGAAUCUCAAGUCUAAAGAAAAUAAAAUAUAAAGAGGGAAUCAUGAACCCACUAUCCCUUUUCAACGGCCGAACGUGACUCAAGAGAAAUUCAGGCAAUUCUCAACACGUGUUGCACACGUGGAUAGCCAGCAAAAAUAUGAGUUUUGACUAUCUGAUGACCAGUUGCAGCGAUUGGCCAACUUCAUGAAGCAAGAAAUAAACGACCCAUCACACGCCCAAUUUUCUUAUGGUACCUAGAUUAAUAUGCCAGGUACAUUAUCAAGGCGUUCUUGGAUAAUAGACUCUGGAGCAAGUGAACAUAUCAUUUGUAAUAAUGAUGGUCUC